UGGAUGUCAUCUUUUGAACUCUCUAUUCUCUUUCCUCAGAUUAAAGCUUGUUUUAAAGUGGCAACCACUAUUUGUAUUCAAUACCCUCAUUUAUUAGCCUACCACAAACAAACCCUCUUACAAUCCCAUCCAUUUCGAUUUUCGAUUUUCAAUUUUUGUUUUCUGGGUAUUAUUUAAUUUCCAUAAAAAAUACCCAUAUAAUAAACUAAAUAAAAAAUAAUUUUUAUAGAGAGAAAAUAAAAACAAUUUGUAGAGAGAGAAAGCUUGCUUAAUUUCAUAUUUUCAUUCAUGGCGGCGUACACGGUGGGGACACCACUGUGCACGUGGCUCGUGGCGACGUGCAUGUCUGUUGGUUGUAGUAAUGGUGGACGAGACAAAACCUGUUCUUUUUCCAAUAGUAAUAAUGUUUGUAAUACUCGAUUGAGUCGUAAGAAAAGAGUUAUGCGGUUAAAAUGUAAUGCCCAGAUGUUGUCUAAUGGAUCCAACAUUCAUGCUCUUAGGCCUUCUUAUAUUGGUUUUGAACAUUGUGAUGACUUUUAUAAUAAUUCAAGCUUCAAUCGCAAGAAUAUUAAUGGUGAUUUUGGUCGGUUUUCCUCCAUUUUUGGUCAAUUAACAAGGAAAUGUCGGAGUUAUCGAGCUUUACAUCCAGGAGCCAUGGCUGUGGCAGUUGAACCUUCAACGGAAAUUACAACUAAUAAGAAGCAUGUUACACAACAGAGGCGAGUAGUUGUCACUGGAAUGGGUGUGGUUACCCCAUUAGGACAUGAUACUGAUGUCUUCUACAAUAAUUUGCUUGAUGGUGUCAGUGGCAUAAGUGAGAUAGAGGCUUUUGAUUGUGCUAGUUUUCCUACAAGAAUUGCUGGAGAAAUCAAGUCCUUCUCUACUGAAGGUUGGGUUGCCCCUAAACUGUCAAAAAGAAUGGACAAGUUUAUGCUUUACAUGCUUACUGCUGGAAAGAAAGCCUUGGUGGAUGGUGGUCUAACAGAGGAUAUGAUGGAGGAAUUAGACAAAACAAAAUGUGGUGUGCUGAUUGGUUCUGCAAUGGGUGGCAUGAAGGUUUUUAAUGAUGCAAUAGAAGCUCUUCGUAUCUCAUACAAGAAGAUGAACCCGUUUUGUGUGCCUUUUGCAACCACAAAUAUGGGAUCUGCAAUGCUAGCAAUGGACUUGGGAUGGAUGGGCCCUAAUUAUUCAAUCUCUACUGCUUGUGCAACCAGCAACUUUUGCAUACUUAAUGCAGCAAAUCACAUAAUUAGAGGUGAAGCUGAUUUGAUGCUUUGUGGUGGCUCAGAUGCUGUAAUAAUACCAAUUGGCUUGGGAGGUUUUGUAGCUUGCAAAGCACUUUCUCAGAGGAACGGUGAUCCUACGAAAGCAUCACGCCCUUGGGAUAUUAAUCGCGAUGGGUUUGUUAUGGGGGAAGGAGCUGGUGUUCUACUUCUGGAAGAAUUAGAGCAUGCUCUGGCAAGAGGUGCAGAAAUCUAUGCAGAAUUUUUGGGUGGUAGCUUCACGUGUGAUGCCUAUCAUGUGACCGAACCUCAUCCAGAAGGGGUUGGAGUUAAACUCUGCAUUGAAAAAGCCAUAGCUGAGGCAGGUAUUGCUAAAGAAGAUAUUAACUAUAUAAAUGCACAUGCUACAUCAACUCCAGCUGGAGAUCUUAAGGAAUACCAAGCUUUGGUUCAAUGUUUUGGUGAUAAUCCUGAGUUGAAGAUAAACUCUUCAAAGUCAAUGACUGGCCACCUUCUUGGAGCAGCUGGUGCCAUUGAAGCUGUGGCAACUGUGCAGGCAAUACGAACAGGAUGGCUACAUCCAAAUGUCAACCUUGAAACUCCAGACGAAGGAGUGGACACAAAGUUUCUUGUUGGUACAGCAAAAGAAAGUCUGGAAGUAAAGGCUGCAUUGUCCAAUUCAUUUGGGUUCGGUGGGCAGAAUUCAUCCAUCAUAUUUGCUCCAUACAAAUAGAUCCAUUGUGCUACCAUUGCUUCGCUUAAAAAUGGCAUCGAGAGUAUCAGGGCUCAACAUUCAUGAUUUGCUACACCUUGUUAUUUAAAGGGCUGAUUACUGUAAGUAUUUAACUUUGCAUUUCUAGCGAGAGCCGAGAAGGCAUGAAGAUGAACUCAUUAUUUUACGUGAAAGCAUGCGUAAUGUGACAAAAUGCUAAAUCCUGCGGAUCAGUGAGAAUCACAAGGCGACUUGCUUCUGGGCCAAAUUUAUCGUCACACACUAUCUUAGGCAGCUCAUAUUGCUAAACAGAAUAGAUGUUUGCUACAUUAAACUACUGUUGGUUUAUUGAUUUAUAAGUGUAAUAGAACUGGUUUCGAUAAAUCUUGAUUGUUCAUUUUUAGAAUAGUUGUUCUUUUCGUUUCCAAUAAAGAACUUUUGAGACUUCUCUGUAUUUGUCGCUGAUCGUCAGCUACAAGUGUAAACUCUCGGUCUUUCUUGAUGAUGAGAAGAUGUCCAUUUGGUGCUGGGUUUACAUUUUGAUUGAAGACUGAUGUCCAUUAGAGUGUUCUUUUUAUCGAUUAAUAAAACACAAGAUUAUUCUGUUAAG